AUGUCUGAUAAGCACUUUUUUCCAGAGACUGCUGCCAACACCUUGGUCCCGCGAUACCUGAGGGCCUUGACUGCAGCCAACCCCCAUCUCGGUCUCAUUGACUCGGAACGAGUUGUCUAUUCGAAAGAAAACGACCCCAGCACAGUAUCCGUGAUCAGCGGAGGUGGCUCAGGCCAUGAGCCCGGCUGGUCGGGGUUCGUCGGCGACGGCGCAUUGUCGGCAGUAGCUUGCGGUGACAUCUUUGCAUCGCCCAGCACAAAACAAGUCUUGGCCGCGACAAGAGCCGUGCCCUCCAACGAAGGAACCAUUUUCAUGAUCACAAAUUACACUGGCGACAAGCUACACUUUGGAUUGGCUGCUGAGCGAGCCAAGGCAGAGGGCCUCUGCAAGAAUGUCGCCGUGAUCCCCCUGACAGACGAUGUAUCCCUAGGAAGGACCAAGUCGGCCGUCGUUGGAAGACGAGGAAUGCCUGGUCAUGUUGUUCCCAUGAAAAUAGUCGGAGCUGCCGCCAAGCGACAUGGCUUCCAAAAGUGCGUCGACAUUGCCAAGGCCGUCAACGCCGAGGUUGUCUCGAUUGGUUCUGCCCUCGACCACUGUCAUGUUCCUGGUCGGGCCAAGCACGAGACCCUCCCCGCAGACGUGGUUGUGGUGGGUGCCGGCAUUCACAACGAGCCCGGCGCCCAGAGACUCAGCCCUUUCCCUCCCGUCGAGGACCUCAUUGCGUACUGCCUGAAGCUCCUCUGCGAUCCCAAUGAUCCCGAAAGGGCAUUUGUGAAAUUCAACAAGGACGAUGAGGUCGUCCUGGUGCUCAACAACUACGGUGGUCUGUCCAACUUGGAGCUUGGUGCUCUCACGGAUGAAACCAUUAUUCAGCUAGGCCGCACAUGGAACAUCAAGCCCGUCAGGAUAUUGUCCGACGCAUUCGAGACGUCGCUUAACGGUCCUGGUUUCUCCAUUUCUCUAUGCAAUUUAUCCAACGCCGCCAAGGAGUGCUCGACAAGUGUUAGCGAGCUUCUCGAAUUCCUCGACCAAAAGACGAGCUGUGUAGCCUGGCCCAACGUCGCCAUUCCGUUCAAGGAGACUACCGCUUCGGCAACAGAGAGUGCCGCUUCCGCUGCAGAGCAGAAGCCGAAAUUUUCGGCUGAUACCGACAUCAAGAUUGACCCAAGUCUACUUGACUCGAUCAUUCGGACAGCAUGCAAAGCAGCCAUUGCUGCGGAACCCAAACUCACCCAAUGGGACAUGAUCAUGGGUGAUGGCGACUGUGGAGAAGCAGUCCAGGGUGUGUCAGAGAGUAUCAUCAAGACCUUGGACAACGGCAUCGCCAAGGAAGGUUCAAUUCUAUCCUUUCUCUUCUCGACAACAGAGGCCGUCGACGACAUGGGCGGAAGUCUAGGCGCGAUCCUGGGCAUCUUGCUCUCGGCUUUCACUUCGGCACUCCAGGACAAUGUCAAGAGCAAGGGCGGCCCCGCCGAUGCGUCCACGUACGCCCAGUCGCUGGCACAGGCCGUGACGACGCUCAAAAAAUACACGGGUGCCCGCGAGGGCGACCGGACCGUCAUGGAUGUCCUGAUCCCGUUUGCCGACGCCUUUGCGCAGAGCAGCGACUUUCAUGCAGCCGUGCAGGUGGCGCACGACAAGGCCGAGGGGACCAAGUCCCUCAAGGCCAAGUUUGGCCGCGCGAGUUACGUGUCCGAGGCCGAAGGCCAGGAUAUUCCAGAUCCUGGCGCCUGGGCGUUUUACGAGUGGGUGGCUGGCAUGUCGAAAGCCAUCAAGCAGCAAUAG